UUUAGUGGGUACAUUAUAUCUUGGCAAGUCCGAUAAGAUAAAGGACCUAAGCUCCAAAAAUUCCCCAGCUCUUUAGCAAUCGCGAAUCAUGCGCCAAACAUCUUCCAGCCUGUAACCUAGUAGAUUCCAUUUCUCGAAUAGACGUCAUCUAAAUUAGAAAGCCUACGCCCGUUUUAUUAAAAUAUGACCGAGGAGCCACUCAUUGACGAAGAGUAUGCGUCUGAUGAAGAUUCCGAUUUCGCGCCCGACGCAGCACCAUUAGAUAUCGACGCCGAAGCUUCAGAAUCUGAAGAUGACGAAGUCCAACUAGUCGCGGUACCAAGUACGAAGCGCGGCGCCGACGCAGAUGUCGACGAUGGAUUUGAGAACUCGGGUGACGAAGCGAUAAUACAAAGGGGCAAGAAGAGACGAAAGAAAGAAAAGCGGAAGGAUGGCAACGUCGAGGAUGAUGAAGGUGGCGAGGGUGGGCUAAUCAAGACCCGGAGUAUGCGAGCAGCGGAGAAGGUCGAAAAGAAGUCGCGCACAGCCGCCGGUCCGGUAACGAUUGAUGUGGACGAUUUAUGGGCUAAAAUGACCGCUGCUCCCUUAAUACCAUCUAAAGCAGAUAUUGAAACAGAAAAGGAACCCCAAAAGCCAGCUCAGGAACAAGGAUCGGAUGGGCAGUCUAAAGGUACAAAGAACAGGCCACAAACAGAGAAGCCAGGUGGUGAAGAGAUGGUACCAAUGAUUAAGAUAAAGCGUACCUACAAUUUCGCUGGUAAGGUACACGUCGAAGAAAAGCUGGUGCCUCGAGAUUCGGCGGAAGCGAAGUUAUACCUAGCAUCUCAAAAUCCCGCGUCAGUCGAAGACGCCGAACCCGAGGACAGUCAGCCUAAACGGAAACCUCGAAAAGCCUUCCGAUCUAUAUUCGAGCCUGUCAUCGAAGGGUUGACACAGCGCGCGGACUUGAAUCUCGGCAUGGAUGCAAGAUUGCAGUUGCGCGAGCAGGCAAAGGCCAAGAAGCUUAACGUGGUGGAGAAGAGUCGCAUGGACUGGGCGGGAUUUGUCGAUAAGGAGGGUAUCAAAGACGAACUAGAAUUGGCUGGGAAGUCAAAAGAGUCUUACGUCAACCGACAAGAUUUCUUGGCUCGUGUUGCGGCUAAUCGAGACGAAGAAGCAAGGAGGGCGAGAAUUGCUGGCCGUGCUUGAGAUACUUGGGGACGGGUUUGUCUCUUCAUAUUACUUGGAGUAUGUGACUCCAUUGCUUAGGCCGAAGAUACCGGGUAACAAGGGCUGGGUAAGGUGUAUAAGAACUUUGUCGCUUUAACUGCAUAGGAGCUAUUGCGUUACAGUAAAAGGCUGGUGGCAAAAAAGAGUCAAGACUAUUGGGUAAGAGGUAGAGAUAAUGCUCUACCAAUCGGAGCCAAUGUUUAAUGUGGUAUAUAGUAUGUUUUUCGGCGUUUGCUAUACGGGUAGAGUUGGAAUAUAUCACUACAUA